UACCUCCGAAAAACCCAACCAGUGAGGCACCUCCAUUGAAGGCGUUCCCGACCUCCAUUCCCUCUCUCUCUUUCCACUUCGUCUUCCCCAAACUCCAUUCCCUCUCUCUCGCCACUACGAAAGUCCGAGAACCCACUUCGUGUUCGUGUGCAUCCAAUCGACUAACCCACGAAGGAAACCCACAACCCAGUCGAGGACGACAAAACCCAUGAAACAACCACCACAAAAUCCAGUCGACACCCAUCACCGUCCUCAAUCGACACCCACUUCAGUCAAAAAGAUGGCUCCCAGACUCAUAAUUCCAGCACCUGAGCAUUUUACUGGACGCGUUACUUACAGAGGCACCGAAACUUUUGCAAAAAUAAAGUCUCGGUUUGAGGAGUACAACUUGAAUAAUACGGCGAAGGAAAGCCGUUUCAGCAACUUUUGGAAUGCCGUACCCUUGACAUUCUCCUCGGUGUUAUUUCACCAGCUUAUGCUCCACAAAAUGAAGGUAGAUGCCCAGGAGGAGUUGAGGAUGCGGUUUUACAUUGGUCGGAAGGAGGUCAGAUUCGGAGUGCUUGAGUUUGCACUCAUUACAGGACUGGACUUCUCAUCGGGGCCAACAGAAGAGGAGAAGGCUGCGCAGGUUGCUCGCUCAGGCUCAGACCGAUUGAUCAACAAAUAUUUCAACCGGUCUGGUAGUGUGAAGACAGAAGCACUCCAAGAUAGGUUCACAAACUGUUAGAACCCGGAAGACUUGUACAAGCUCGGCUUGUGCUUGUUUGUGAAGUCAGUGCUUCUGGGGCACGAGGCUAACGCGCUGAUUACUCCUGACAUACUUAGAUAUGUCGAAGACCUCGAGUUCUUCUUCCGGAUUCCUUGGGGGAAGCACUCAUUUGCCAGACUCAUGCACUCGCUUCAAAAAGAUAUGUUGAAACAGAAGGCCAACUACGAGAAGAAGCUGAGUUCGGAUGUUCAGCACGAGUGCAAAUACACAGCAUAUGGCUUCGUACCUGCAGUACAAUAUUGGGCGUACGAGGCCAUUUUAGAGGUAGGGAAGAGGUAUGGCAUGAAUCACGAGAUUCGGUUCCCCAGGAUGCUUAGCUGGACAAGCAAGGGUGAUAUUGGGAAGAAAGAAGUUAGCGCAUUAUUUUCUAGACGGGUAUGAAUUUCACUUAUGUUCAGAGUUAUUAUUUAACAUAAAUGCUUGUAAUAAAUGCUAAAUGGUUCUAUUUUGAUAUUUUUUUGAACCAUAAACAGAAUCUUGAAGUGGU